AUGGUUGUGAAAAGAUUUGAAGUUCCUGAACCUGUAGAUGUAGCCAUACUGGGAGAAGAGCUUAAGUUUAGAACCUCUGGACGUGUAGCCAGGAAUCGGUUUAUGAAGGUAAGGUUUAUUGGCUUGCUUUUGUAAUAAUGAACUUGAAACAAUAUAGCUUUAACUAAUCUUUACCUGGUUUAAUCCACACUUUUUAUAUAUAAAGAUUACGUAGAUUUAACCCCUGCGGCAAAUUACUAAAUUGCGGUUUUCAGCCAAUUUCGAGAAAAUCGGGAGCAAAAAAUUAAGUUUUGAAUUUCCCGCCAAAUUGUCAUUGUGUUUCAAGCUUACAAUUUUUUCAAUUUUUGACUUUUAAUUAUUUUUCCUUGAUGUACUAGUAGAAAACCUUUAGAUGGACCUACAUUAUUAAAUUAGCUUAUCAAGAAAGUCGAAAACGUGCUUGAAACACAAUGCCAUAUUUGCUAAAGUGGCGAGAAACUCAAAUAUUUUAAGUUUAAAACUCAAAAGCGCAAACUGAAAUUUUUUAUGAAUACUAUAGUUAGUACAAAGAACACGUAUAAAAUUUUUGAGCUGACUCUAAGUAAGGCGAGUUGGGUGAUUUCCUUGUUAAUUUUAAAAAAUUUGAAGGCCGCCAUGUCAGAGUACGUAUCCACAUUCGAUAAGGAAGAUGCUUCAAAGUCUGGUCAUAUAACACCAGUGUUGCAAAAUAUGUACGAGAAGUGGGGUCAGGGAGGCUUUGGUGUGAUUUUGACUGGCAAUCUUCAAGUCGACCCAAAACACCUCGAAGCCGCUGGCAAUCACAUCUUAAGCAAGGAGAAUUGGUCUGAAGAGAAGGCUGAGAGCCUGAGGUAAAUUUUUAUUUUUUUUAAAAUUAAAUUUUAAAAUUUGAAUUUUUUAAAGUUUUGAAAUCUUUUGAAAAUUUUAAAAUUUUGAAAAUUUUUUAACUUUUUAAAAUUUUAAAAAAUUUGCGUUUCUCAAAAUUUAAUUUUCAGAAAGCUAGCCGCAGGCGCAAAAGCGGAUGGAGCCCUAUUCCUAGCCCAACUCGGAAAUGCAGGCCGUCAAACCCCCGCCCACUUAAACCCCCACCCAUUCUGUCCCAGUGAAGUACCACUAAAGAGUAAUACCUUUGGUAACACAUAUGGUACUCCAGUCGCUUUGACCUUGGAGCAAAUUCAAACCGAAAUAAUCGACCGGAUCGUCUUUACUUGUCAAAAACUUCAUGAGGCCGGCUUUGAUGGAAUUGAACUUCAUGGUGCUCAUGGCUACAUGUUGGCUCAAUUCAUUUCUCCGACUACGAAUUUGAGAACCGACCGGUAUGGUGGAAGUGCCGAGAAGAGGGCUCAGAUUUUGGUGGAUGUCUACAAUGCUAUACGGUGAGGUUUGGGGUUGUAGGAGGUAUAUAAGGGUGGUAGGAGGUAUCAAAGAAUUGCUAGGGGAUAUUACAGUUCAAAAAUUUUUAUUUUAUGGCACGUUUAUGGUUUUAUCACCUAAAAUUUAAAAUUUUAGUGAACAACUGCCAGCUUCGACCGGUUUUGUUGUUGGAAUCAAGAUGAAUUCGGUCGAAUUCCAAAGUCAUGGCAUGGGUAUUGAGGAUGCUAUCACUACUGCCAAAAUUGUUGAUGUAAGCAUAGUUUAGCCAAAACCUUCGUAUUUUAAAAACUUUUUAAAAAAAUUUGAAAAUUCUUUUCCACCAGGACCCAUUUUAAAAUUGAAAACUAUUUUGAACCUAUACUUGCUCGUAUUUUACAAAAAAAAAUAAAAAAUGGGGUUAUCCAUGUACAUGUAAAAAGACUGGGACAGGCCUGAUUUUCCGGCCUAGUCUAGACUUUUUUGGAUUUAGGAGUGAGAAACGAGUCGGGCCGGUCCCACUUUUAAAACCGGCUGUUUCAAGUUUAGCUUCUGGCCGACCCGGCCUGAUCGUAGGCCGAACUGAGCUGGGCUUACUCGGCCCGUUUCACAUCUUUAUUAAGAGUUGUUUUUUGCAAGUCAAAUCUUUCGUUGCGAGACCUAGGCUAAACUUCUGGGACUUUGAUUUGAGCCCAGCUUUCAAGAAUAUAUGUGUCGGCAAGGCCUCGUCCUAUUAUGUUUGCUUCAGCCCAGCCAAGCCCAGCCCGUCUUAUUCCAAACCAACCCAAUUUAAUAUAAUUUUUCAAUUUUCAGGCAACCGGCUUCGACUUCAUUGAAUUCUCCGGCGGCACUUACGAGAAAUUCGGCUUCGAACGGAAGGAUUCGACCAAAAAACGAGAAAGUUUCUUCACCGAAUUCACAGAAGCCAUCAUGCCCCACCUGAAGAACACUGUAGUCUACGUUACCGGCGGGUUCCGCACCACUCCAGCCAUGGUACAGGCCAUUAAAGAUGGUGCAACUAAUGGCAUUGGACUAGGCAGACCAACCUCGGCCGAACCUGACAUCCCUAAUAAGAUACUGGGUAAACAAGCGUUGGCUACAAGCUACAAUCCAGUAGACAAUGACUUUGUGCAAACAUUUGCUAUCACCACAACUCAGAUGGGACAAGCUGGAGCACUACCGUAUGCUGAGUGUCAUGGUGAUCCGGCUUACGGUAUUUUUGAUCAGAGUGACGAGAAGGAAUACAAAGUGUUUUCGGAGGAGUACGAGACCUAUUUCAAGGAGAAACUGGCUAGAAUUGAGAAGGGAGAGAUACCAACUGGUGUGUUUGAAUAUAAUUCUAAGUAUCUAUAA